AUGAGCUCCAACCUAAUUCCCAAACUAUCCUUCUGCAAGUUCAAGUGUGAAGAUUCAGAUUAUGCUUCUCUUCACAAGAGACUUUCUCCUUUUCAAAUCAAGAAGUUUACUUUCUUCUUCAAGAAGUUCUUCGACGUGAACAACGACGGUAUCGUGGACGCCCAGGACUUCAACAAGCUGAACGAGAGGUUGAGGAUUAUGGCGGGCUGGGAGAAGAACUCUGAGGAGUACAUGACCUUGGCGGACACCAACAGCGUCUUCUUGGAGUGCCUGCUGGACCAGGUGAAGAAAGAGGGAAAGAACCAGGAGGGUCUGGAGUACAGGACCUGGGAGGAGGCAUUGAAGCCUAGGAAGCUGGAGGUGACCAGCAUCACCUUGAACCAAUGGUUGAAUAUGUGGGCUCGACUUUGUGAAGGUUCUGGAGGAAUGCAAGAUUUUCCAAUCUGGGUUAAACUCCUCCCCCAGCUCAUGUUCGCUGUCCAGGUUGGAAAGAACAAGGAGAAACAGAUUACGAAGGCGUGUUUGAAGAACUUCUACGCCUGCUUUGCGGAAGAGAUGGAGGAGAAGGAGCUGGAAGAGUUGACCGAGGUCGGAUACGCAAGCAUGACGGCUCACGGAGAUUACGAGUUGGACGAGGAUAACUAUGUCCUUCUCUUCUCCAGCUUCCUGCUGGGUAGAACCAUAUAUGGACCGGGAAAAUAUAUAUUCGGCUGUUUGGAUAAUAGCGAUCUACAUACCAAGUAUCCUAUUAUCCCUUUAGUUGCGUAA